UGGUCGACGGAAAGGAUUGUUUGUGAAUAAUACGUACUUUCCGGUAUACAUGUAUCAACUUCCGGGCUUUUAGUGUAGUUGUUAAGAAACUAUGGCGGCCAUCACAGAGGAAUGUGUUCCGGGUGCAGACGAGGAGACAAGCGACAGUCUGGCGUCGGAGAAGAGAGAAGCGAGACUCCGGAAAUUUCGGGAGCUACAUUUCAAAAGGAAUGAGGCCAGGAAGCUUAACCACCAGGAGGUUGUGGAGGAGGACAAGAGGCUGAAGCUACCAGCCAACUGGGAGGCGAAGAAAGCACGGAUAGAAUGGGAGCUUGCAGAGGAUAAAAAGAAAAAGGAAUGUGCUGACAAGGGGGAGGACUACCACCGGGUGAAGCUGCUGGAGAUAGGUGCGGACGAUGCCGAGCGCUGGGAGAAGAAGAAAAAGAAGAAGAACCCUGACCCCGGUUUCUCAGGUUAUGCUGAGGCUCAGCUGCGGCAGUACCAGAGACUCACCAAGCAGAUCAAGCCCGACAUGGAGUCCUACGAGAGGCAGCGAGAGGAGUGCGGUAAGGACUUCCACCCCACAUCCAACACCCUGAUCCAUGGCACCCAUGUCCCUUCCUCAGAGGGCAUCGACCGCAUGGUGGAGGAUGUGGAAAAACAGAUCGAGAAGCGAGCCAAGUACAGCCGGCGCAGGGCGUACAACGACGACGCCGACAUCGACUACAUCAACGAGAGGAACGCCAAGUUCAACAAGAAGGCGGAGCGCUUCUACGGCAAAUACACCGCCGAGAUCAAGCAGAACCUGGAGAGAGGAACCGCCGUCUAAGCGUCUCCCUGAUGGACCCCUUAACCAAUGCCCUCCGCCUUUCAUACGGAGGCUUUUUACCAUCCGAUUGUUUGGUGAUGUUACCAGUACAGUGUACAUAGAAUCAACAUGCAUGAUAUACAAUACAAAAUUCUGUUUAGAAUAUUGUUUGGCCAUUUGAUGUUUCUUACUUUACAGGCUUAUGUCGUCAUUUUUUGUGCAAUGGAAAUUAUCCUUCCAGCACUGAUUUGAGACUUGACCACACCUGAUAUUUUCUCAGUCUGCGUUUCAUUUUGAAAUAAACAUUUACAAAAAAGGAA